GUCGGUUUAAAAAUAGUUUCUACUAUUUACAUGUUUCUACCCAUGAAAGUAGUGGUUUUUUCGUCUGUCUACCUAUAAUCAGUAGUUUAAAGGCAAUGAGUAUGCAUAUAUUCGAUACGUUAACAUUACCAUAAUAACCAUAAAGCAGAUUGUUUGUUGAGCAAGCAAACAGUCCAUGCCAACAGUUCACAUUGUCUGUUUUCUGUAUAGAGUAAAUGAGAUUCCGUUCAUAAUAAGAUUAGCACUGAAUUUUAGAUGAAGAUGCGAAAAAAAAUCUGAGAUAAAGAGGUCAACCAGUUAAAGUAAACAGAAAUUUUUGAUAACAACAGUCUUUGCGUUGGUGGAACAAAUUUUCGAAAACAGUCUGUAUACUGCUGUAGCACGAUCCAGCAAAGGUUUAACGCUUCCACUUCGACCUGUAAAGUUUUUGUUUGUUAAGUAACGAUUAUGGCUACAAGGGAAGGACUGCUGUUGGGAUGCGGAAAUCCGCUGUUGGAUAUAUCGUCGACAGUGGACGCAGAAUUCUUAGCGAAAUAUGAUAUGCAACCGAAUAAUGCGAUUCUAGCAGAGGAAAAGCAUAAACCACUGUACAAAGAACUAGUUGAGAAAUUCGAUGCAAAUUUCACCGCUGGCGGAUCAGUGCAAAAUUCUCUCCGAGUUGCACAGUGGGUGCUUCAAAAACCGAACGUUGCGGUUUUCUUUGGUUGCGUUGGUCGCGAUAAAUACUCGAAAAUUUUGGAAGACGAGGCUCGCUCUGACGGCGUGAACGUUCGCUAUCAAUUUAACGAAAACGAGCCAACCGGUACAUGUGGCGUAUUGAUAACGGGCCAUCAUCGAAGUUUAUGUGCAAACUUAGCUGCCGCGAAUUGCUUUACCAUAGAUCACAUCAAUUUGCCAGAGAAUCGAAAGCAUCUGGACAAUGCGGAAUAUUUCUAUAUUUCGGGCUUCUUCCUAACCGUCAGUCCACCGAGCAUACAGGCUGUCGCUAAGCACGCUCUGUCCCGAAAUAAUUUGUUUAUGAUGAAUCUGAGCGCACCGUUUUUAUCGCAAUUUUUCAAAGAGCCCCUGAUGGACGCUAUGCCUUACGUAGAUAUUCUAUUCGGUAACGAAGUGGAAGCAACGACAUUUGCCAGUGAGCAAAACUUUGGCACAACAGAUCUGAAGGAAAUUGCGUUGAAAAUGUGCGCAUUACCGAAACAGAACGAGAAGCGUGCGCGUGUUGUUGUGAUAACACAGGGCAGUGAUGCUGUGCUAUUAGCUGAAAAUAAUAAAAUCACCGAGAUACCUGUGGAGAAGUUGCAAGAGGAUAAAAUCAUCGACACGAAUGGGGCUGGCGAUGCGUUUGUUGGUGGAUUUUUGGCGCAAUUAAUUCAGAAGAAGCCGUUGGACACGUGUGUACGUUGCGGCAUCUGGGCGGCGAGACAAAUUAUUCAAAGAUCUGGUUGUACGUUCGAGGGCGUUCCCGAUUUCGAGGAGUAGCGGAAGUUAAGGCGUUAAUGACAGUGAGUGAGAAUAGGCGGAACUGCACUUUGUUUUCCAUUAAAUUUCAAAAUUUCGAGCACAUCUUCGCACAAUAAAACACUGAAUUGUUAAACGAAA